AUGGAUGAUACCUUAGGAAGCAAAGCUCCCACAGGGCUGCGUCUCUCUCUAGCACUAGAUGUCUUGUUGUUGGCCCAUGCGUGGGGGAUAAAAUCUGGAGGCCGUUUUCCAAGGCCCAUGGGCCACGCCCCAAUGCCCUUAUCCCAAAUCCUUCCCGCCAGCCCAGUGCCGGACAAAUGGGGAAGAAAGCCGAUGGGUGCUUGUGCACUGGGAUGGUGUUACAUGACCAGGAACGCGCGGGAUGUCUCGGGUCUUGUUAUCGCGAUGAUUUCCUUCAUCGUGUCAUUCCGUCAUCAAGAUAAAUUUAGGAAAACCCGCGUCAUUGUCGGGUUGCAUUGA